GCGUGGGAUAUAAAUCGAUAACUAGAGAAGAGUGCCAAAAAGAAAACCACAGUCAUUCCUAUUUUAUACCGAGUAGGGUCCUAUUAAGCCUUUCAAACUUUUAUUGAAGAAAAUAACUAACAAAGGAAACUUUGUUUCUAACUUUCAUUUACUCUCUCAUUCAUGACUCACCUGCUCACUCGUUCCAAACUCGCUCGACUCGUUCGUUUCACUCAUCAUCGUCCAAAAUGUUCACUCAAAACAACAAUCCCUUGUUCCCAAACCUUCACCUUCCGCCAGUUCUCAAAAGAAACCGACGCAAACAGCGGCCGAACUAAGUCGCCGGAACCGGAACACCGUCGAGUGGAGCUCCCGAAGGAGCUUUCGAAAGACGUGAUCGUACUGUCGUGUGAGUCUACCGCAAAGGGCGGUGUUUGUGAUGUCUAUGUGCUUGGCACCAUUCACAUCUCUGAGGAAUCAAGCAAACAAGCUGAAGCUAUUGUCAAAUUUCUGAAACCUGAGAUUGUCUUCUUGGAAUUGUGCCGAAGUCGUCAGAAUGUGCUUUUCCGUGAAAAGAUUAAGGUACCUACUUCGGAAGAAGUGAGGGAAUUGUUGAAGAAAAAACACAACAUAUUUUCAGUACUUCAUUACUGGGCCUUCGCCAAGAUGUGCAGUGAGCUUGACCUGUAUCCUGGUGCUGAGUUUCGUUCGGCAUAUAGAGAAGCAAUCAAGUAUGGUGGCAAAGUUGUACUUGGUGAUCGUCGUAUAGAGAUUACAUUAAAGAGGACAUGGAGAAAGUUGCCACUCUGGCACAUCAUAAAGUUUUUGUUUUCUUCUCCUAAUUAUGUUUCAAUGCCAUCGUUCUCUAGCUCUGAUGAAAUUAAAAGAUGGUUAAAGGAAUGCAGUGAACAUGAUAUUUUAACUCGGAGACAAAUAAUGAGUGAGAAGUUACCAACUGUUAUGGAGACCAUUGUGCAUGAAAGAGAUCAGUACAUGUGCUACCAAUUAUUAAAAGUGGCAAGUGAGAGUAGAACAGUUGUUGCGGUUGUUGGAAGGGGGCAUCUACAAGGAAUGCAGAAGAAUUGGAAGCAACCAAUCAUGAUUACGGAUCUCAUCACAAUUCCACCUCCCAAACCACUUACAUCUGUGAUGAGAAUUAUCGCAUCUGUUGGUGUUGUCUUGACUGGGAUUGCCAUAAUUUCAUACUGUGUUGGUGUUCUCUAUCCAUUUGUUUGUGGGAAGUAGUUUCUCUCUUUGAAUUUUUGAAAAUUUUGUGUACCUUCACCUAAUUGUUUUCGUAGACUAAGUAUGGAGUUCUUCAAUGACUUUUGAUUUCUUGAAACAUUUGUGGAGCUUUAGGAAGCUAUCUAAGUGACAUAUUAGGGAUGUUAUAUCUAUUCAUCAUCCUACUUUAUUCUUUAUUUAUCGAAGAGACUUAAGGGUUUUCGAGAGAUAUUUGGGUUCUCUCUUGUAGAAAUGACUAUGUUUUUUCUCUCAAUAAUAGUUACUGUAUUAUCUUUUCCAUUCAAAA